ACAGGACAGAUUGAUGAAAUUUUUUACUUACGGGACUUAAUGAUCAAUUUGACACUUUAUCCUUUUUAUUUUUUCCCGUUCCACAAACCGUGAAAAAACUAUCAAUGGGAUUAGCUAAAUUCUAUUUAAAAAAAUAAUAAUAAUAAUAAAUACUCUAUUUGCAAUCAAAACCCCUGGAAGCUAGAAGCUUUCUGCUUCUUUCUCGAAGCUGCAAUAAUCAGUACUGGGAUGAAGAGGUUCUUCUUCAAUCUUCCAAGCUCUCACCGACACCAUCACCUUCAUCAGAACCCUAAUCGUGACAAUUCCUCCGUCGCUGCGAGCACUAGUACUAGCGAAGCCACGAAUCCUUCGUAUUCAUCGGAGCUCCGCGAAUCCGCAUCGGGGAGGACUGAGAAGGAAGUGAGCAUUUACGAAUCAGCGAAUGGUGGAGAGGUGGAGGAGGAGGGAUGGGAAGAAAUAUCGCCGUUUCGCGGCGAGUCAGCGGAAUGGAUAACGGCGUCGGCUUCUGGUCAGAGAAAUGCGGAUGGUGAGGAUUCAGCCUCCUUGUCGAUGAGCGCGGUUUCUAGGGAGAACAAGGAGGCAGGAACUGCGAUGAGUGCGAGGAUGGAUAGCCCUCCUAGUGGCGAUUGCUGCCCUAUAUGCUUCAGCAAUUUCGUCGUCCCCUGCCGCGGCCCCUGCGGUCAUUGGUAUUGCGGAGGCUGCAUUUUGCAGUACUGGAACUGUAGUGCAGCCCUUCAGCCUUGCAACUGUCUAAUGUGUUCGAAACAGAUAACUAAGUUGACACCUGAGGCAUCGUUGUAUCACUCUCAGGAAGUUGAAGUUACGAAGGUUCUGGGGAGUAUUCGAAUAUAUAAUCGCCUUUUUGUUGGGGACACAUAUGGCUUCAUGCUAAAAGUGCUUUAUUUGCCAUUAUACGCCAAGAGAUUAUUUCGUGAAAUGAUGAAUCCUGAUAUACCUGGUGUUCAUCUACACAAAUUGCGAAUUUGUGCAAUGUUCCUGGGUCUCCUUUAUACGCUUUGCCCCUUCGAUUGUCUUCGAAUAGGCCGUCAAAAUGUCAUAGAUGUGUUUGAUUACUCCGCCAUUACAUUUUCAUUCGUCUUGUAUCUGGUUGGACUCUACCACCGAAGAUUGCUUUUCCAGAAUGUCAGGGAAAUGGCAGCCAUUGAUUGACUCAUGAUACUGUCCAGGCAUUAGUUUGUAGCUUGAAAUGGUACAAAAUGACAGUACAACAUGCAUGUGUAUAGUCGUACAUUGUUUCUCUCUCCCACCUUUGAUUAUCAGUUUUUUCUCAUA